GGGUGGAGAGGUGGUGCCUAGUAAACUGCCAAGGUGUUGCUCGUGGAGUAAACACAACGACGACCAUAUAAAAAGGUCCUCACCGUGUCCUCUCACCUCACACACGACACCGUCAGAAUGAUCAUCGGUCGUUGUCAUACACAGAUGUGGGUGUUGGUAGCAGCAGCAGCAGCAGCAGUAGGGGUGUCAGGGUCGGAGACCACACCCCGAUCCGUGGCCCAGUCCCAGACCCUCCAGUCCCUCCACUGCCCGCCCUGCGACAGGAUCCACUGCACCCACCGCCGGGCCCUGAAGCUCCAGUGUAAGGGCGGCCUGACCACGGGGGUGUGCGGCUGCUGCCCGGCCUGCGCCAGGACCGCUGGGGAGAGCUGCGGGGGGACCUGGGACUACCUGGGGAAGUGUGACGAGGCGCUGCUGUGUGUCUACCAGGUCUCUGUCUCGGCUGCUGAGGGAAGACCAGACGCAGAGGAGCGUAAAGGGAUCUGUGAAGCAGUGCUGGAGACCCUGGAUGUGGAGUCCUGUCGCCCAGAAUGCACCUGGGAGUACUGUCAGGCCAAUCCUAAUGAGGUGUGCUCUGCCAGGUCAGUGUCCCUGGAGAAGCAGGAGUGUCAUGGUACCUGCCAGCACACGUCAUGCUCCAGCUGUCUGGUCCUGAGACCCCCUUCCUCAGCCUCCUGCCCCCAGACCUGUGCCCCUUCAGACCCUGCCUGCCUGCACCGCUUUGGGAGGUGUGUUCACAACCACCUGGCCGAGCCCCACCGCCGCCACAACCUCCCCGUCUGCCACCACAACCUACAGAGUAAUGCGGAGGGGUAUUUUGUGUGCUUGGUGCCUGGAUGUCCAAAUGCUGUGAACUGAUUCUUUGAGAAGAAACUAAAUGUCCACUGAUACAGUAUGUUACAGAUACUGACUGGCAGCUAUUUUCAAAUACACAUUACUUGAAUGACUUGACAAUAAUCAGAUUUUGUGGUGCACACAUUGCCUGUGUACAUUUUUUGAAUGUGAUAAAUUGACUGCAUAUUGAAUUUUGUGAAUAAAAAAUUAUAUUUUGUAAAUUA